AUGGCUGACCCGUCGGAGCUCAACUCAUCGACCGGGUCCAUUCAAUCGGCGCCGGCGUCUUCCUCAUUCCCGUCAGCGGCCCGUCUGGUCCACCGUUUACCAGCUCUGAAGCAGCGGCUACAGGAAGUUGCGGUGGCCAGAGCAAACGACCAUGUGCGCCAAGUGGCUAUACUUGUUCGAUGGCUCGACGAGGGCUCGAAUGCGCGGCACUACGUUAAUACCAUGGCCAGCCUUAUGCAAGGCUUCGUCAUCGAGCACGAGACAUACGUUCUGAGGAACACAGAUAGGAUGCCAAACUGGAGACUCCGCCGCGAACGUGUUGGGCACAUUAUCAUAAUUGGGGACGUGAGUGAUCACUUGUUUGCUUGUCGUGUUCUCCGGACCCGUGCACGGUCUGACAUUCUCCCUGUUCUUUCGGAGCAUUUACCAUCAUCCUUGGACCUUCGCUCAUACCCUGAGAUCGAGAAAUUUUUGGAUGGCCCAACUCGUAGCCAUCUGGGCCUAAGCGAGCACCAUCUCGUGCGAGAUCCUACAUAUGGGAUCUCUCUUGGCCAAGUUUGGGGGGCAUUGGCAAUAUUUGAAGGUAGCAAGAAGCGCCGUGGAAUUGAUUCAUCCAAAGUUCCCUCUGAAGGAAAUGACAAUGAACUCGAGGCAUCUCUGGAGCAGCCUCGAAUACGCAGCGAAGAUGAAGGCGAGCCAUCUCCGAAGCGGCGGCGACAUCCCCGGUCCCCGGAGGAUUACACCGUCCGACACACACUGUACUUUGCACCGCCCCAAGAUGGCGCUAUUCUGCCUGCUGUCCUCGAAUUUAGGGACGCAAAGUCAAAACUUUCUGCUCACACUCCUUAG